AUGAACGCCAUCGCCGCCAUGAGCAGAGCGUGGCUGCUUCCAGAGGAGCGGAAGAGCAGCCUCCUGCGGGCCUGCCUCGGCAGCGUCCUCCGCCUCCCUCGCCACGAGGACACACAGGACCGGGAUGCUGCACUCUACAUGGAGACCAUGGAAGCCCUGCACCGCCUGCUGCAGGUGUUGGUGGGCAGCGCCGGCACCUCUGUCCUCAUGGAGCUGCAGAACAUCUUGGAGCUCCUGCUGCCCUUCACCACGUGCCAGCUGGCAGCUGUGGAGGAGAGGGCCAUGGCGUGCAUUGCCAGGCUGCUCGCCUUCAGCAACACCUGCCCCUUGCCCGAGGUGUGCUCCUGCUUCACAGGAGCUGUGGUGCUCCGGCAUCAGUGCACGGAGAACCAACGCUUCCCUGUGCUGGGGAAGCUGGCCGGACAGCUCAUCCUGUGCUGCACCUCCACGGAUGAGGGGACCAGAGAUGAGGCGAUGAAGGCUGUCCGUCAGCUUUUCAUUUUCAUUGCUUCCCAAAGAAUGUGGAUGUGGCAGAAGGAUCCCAAGAAACCACAGCUCCGGGAACGCUGGCAAACGCUGUUCUAUGAACAGGUUUCCCAAGAGAACAAUGCCAGAAAAAUCUUCAGGAUGUUUCUCAAAUACCUUCAGUACCCUGAAAGGGUGAGCAUCUUCCUCACAGCCAUCGAGAGCAUGACAGUGCCGAGCCUCCACAGCACCGAGCUGGCUGCCCACAUGGUGGAUGUGCUCUCAGCAGAGGUUCAUUUCCCUCCAGGGCAGGUGCAAAAGAUCGUGAAGGUGAUCUACAGCAGCCUGCCUUCCAUCACAGCCCAGCCGGCUCUAGAAAGCCUGGGCAGGGCCCUGCUCGUGCUGGCCAGCAAAUACCCCAGGGAGAUGGUUAGCAGCCUGCUGGGCUGCUCCCCCACCUGCACCAGUGUCACCAUCACCAUGUGGAAGGAAAUGCUCUCAGAGUCCCUGGCCGUGGAGAAGGUGCUGCAGGAGCUGCUCCGAGUGCUCACAAACCAUUCUCUGUACCACAUGUCUACAUCCACUGGGGACAGGCCACGUGUCCUUGCCCUGGCUGCAGCAAGGAUCCUACCUGAGAUAAUCCAGCUGCCUCUUGUCCUAAAGGAGGCUGAGGCCAUUUUCCCCCAGCUCUUCCUGGCCCUCCUCUUGCAAGUGUCCUUCACCAUGGAGCUGACACUGCAGGAGGUGGAAAUCUUCUGGGAGGUGCACCAGCAGCACCAUCUCACUCCCAUCAGGGCUGCGGUGCAGUCCUUGAAGGUGCUGCUCUGCGGUGUGGGCCUCCAGAAGCAGAUGGAGGCCAUCGAGGAGCAGGGUGGCUGGGACGCGCUUCUCAGCACUGUGACCCACCUGCAGGGGGUGCAGGUGGUGGCCAGGGUGAUGAGGGAGCUGCCAGGUGCUCUGCGUGACCCCAUCUUCCACCAGCUGGUUGAGCUGCUCAGCACCAAGUUCUGCUCCUGGGAGAUGGUGGCCAUGGUCUUCCUCGUUGAGAUGUUGGAGUGCGUGGACCUCAGCGAAGAGCUGCACCGCGUCGUGAGCCUCUUCAGCACCUACCUGCAGAGCCAGAGUGUGGGCAUGCAGCAGCUGGUGCUCAGGGGCAUCCUGCAGCUCAGCAAGAGGCAGGACACGGCGAGGAAGAUGCUCGGCCUGCUGCCGUGCAUCACGGAGCAGCUGCAGGACGCAGACAGCGGUGCCCGUGCCAUGGCCCUGCCAGUGCUCAGCAGCCUGCUGCGGCUCCUGGAGAGGGGGAAGCUCAGCCUCGUGGCUCUGGAGCUGGCCAGCAAUCUCCCAGCGCUCUUUGAGGACGAGUCCGGCACGGUGCGUCAGCUCUCCAUCCACCUCUUCCUUGACACGCUGAGCUUUGUGGAGGGCAGAGAAAAGAGGAAGAUGCGGAAGGAGGUGUACAGGAGCCUGGUCCCGCUGUAUCUGCACCUGCACGAUGAGGAAGAGAGCGUGGCCAAGGCCUCCCAGAAAGCCUUCCUCGGUGCCGCACGGUUCCUGCACUGGAGGCGGCUGGAGCACCUGGCAGAGGUGGCACAGUUCUGGCAGAUCGGCGAGUGCAUGCUGGUGGAGAGGAGGAAGAGUGCAGCACAGGACUACCUGGGCCAGAGCCUGCUUUACCUGCAGAGCCCGCAGGAGCCCCUGCGGCGGGAGGCCGUGAGGUUCAUCGAGCUCAUUGGGAGGCACGAGAUCCCGACGGUGCGGUCCCGGUGGUGGCGGUUCGGGCGGCGCUGACCCUUCGGGACGGAACCCGGCGCCCUCCGGCGGCUCCGCGGGGCACCGCGCACGGCUGCGCUCCGGCGGGCCGGGGGGACCUUGCGGCUCGUGCCCGGAGCGGAGGAGGUCCCCCUCCCAGCUGUCCCCCUGCCCCUCCCUGGCCCAGCUGCACUCACCAUGGGACUGGCUGGAGCUGGCGGCCGCCAUGCUGAAGCGUGUUGUGCCCACACGGUGGCUGGCCACGUUCUUCUGCGGCUGGAAGAGUAUGAUGUGGAGCUUGGGGGUGAAGAGGCAGCCGAGGACCACCGUGCCACUGAGGCUCACUGAGAUGCACAUGGUAGUGGUCUGCACCUGGAGGCAGAGGGGCGAGCGUCACGGGUGCGGUAGCACCAUGGGCCCAGGCAACAGCAUGGAUGGGGCCCCCAGCAGCCCUUCCCCAGACCCUCCCAGCCCUGUGCUGCCCCACUCAUGCGUGCUGCUCUGGUUGGGCCCCAUGGGAGUCCCCAGAACUCAGGCUCUUACUCGGUAGUCGCUGGAGGUCACAUAAAAGAUGGGCAGGAAGGCCAGCCAGAUGAUGCAGGUCGUGUACAUGGUGAACCCAAUGAACUUGGCCUCAUUGAAGUUUU